UUUCGAAAUAAUUAAAUGAAUAAAAUAAUAAGGCACAUCGAUUCUGCAUAAAGUUAAAUGAACAUCCAUUCCUGGCGAUCUGUCUGUCACCGCACUCUGUCGCAAAGUAUACGAUACAUAGUUCCUUCUGCUAAAAGAAAAAGUUUCAAUUAGUUGUCCUCCAAUUAGUCUCCUCUUCUUUCUCUCAUCAUUUCUGAACUAAAAAAAAACCCCUAGAACUAGUUCCUUUCUCCUUAUCGAACCCACUUUCAAAUCCCUUUCUCUUGUUAUCUCUAGUCUCUUUGAUUCAUCUCUCUCACCAAAAAAGAUGAAUGACCUUUUAACGGAUUCGUUUGAGAUCCCUCGAGGUCAAGGAUCACGGGGUGGGGAUAUUGAGUUAGGAAAUAACCCUCCAAUGAAUCCAGAUAUGGGCUUAGAAAAGUUUCAGAAGCAGAUUGAUGAAAUUGAUAAACAAAUUGAGAAGCUCAACAAGCUACUGAAAAAGCUUCAGGAUGCAAAUGAAGAGUCCAUGUCCGUAACUAAAGCUGCUUCCAUGAAAGCAAUAAGGCAGCGUAUGGAAAAAGAUGUAGAUGAAGUCGGAAAAAUUGCUUUAUCAGUGAAAUCAAAGAUUGAACAACUAAACAGAGAGAAUAUAACCAAUAGGAAAAAGCCAGGAUGUGGAGAAAAUACCGGUGUUGAUCGCACGAGAACUGCAAGAACAGUAGCUGCUCAAAAGAAGCUAAAGGAUAAGAUGGCUGAAUUUCAGAUUUUAAGGCAAAAUAUCAGCCAAGAGUACCGAGAGGUUGUUGAGAGAAGGGUCUUUACAGUGACGGGUACAAGAGCUGACGAAGAGACAAUCGACCAAUUGAUUGAGACUGGAGAUGGUGAUCAAAUCUUCCAGAAAGCUAUUCAGGAACACGGUCGAGGCCAGGUAAUGGACACCCUGGCAGAAAUUCAAGAACGUCAUGAGGCGGUUAGGGACGUCGAAAAGAAGCUUCUAGAGUUGCAGCAGAUAUUCAUGGACAUGGCGGUGUUGGUGGAGUCACAAGGUGACAUGCUGGACAACAUAGAAUCACAGGUUUCAAGUGCUGUAGACCAUGUUCAAUCUGGAAACACUGCUCUCCAGAAAGCAAAGAAGCUUCAAAGGAAUUCUCGAAAAUGGAUGUGCAUAGCUAUCAUCAUUCUUCUUAUAAUUGUGGUUAUCAUAGUUGUGGCUGUGCUCAAGCCAUGGAACGCCAAAAAGGGUGCUUAGGUUAUAUUCAUAUCUCAUAGGUGUGUAAAAUGAUGUUAUAGAGCACAUUCCAGGUUUAUAUAGUGAUUUCCUCAUAUUUUCCCCCCAUGCUAUCUUUUAGUUAUAAGAAUCUCAGUUGCGUUUCUUAACAUUGGCAGAGAAAACGAUAACAAUUUUUUCACUCUUUGAUUGUAAAUUUGUGAGCAACAACACAUUUAUCGUUAGUUCCUUUGUUUCUUUUA